UAACUUCCUAAAAAAUAUAGGUCUUCCAUCAGGUUUCCUCUCUUGCUGUUCCUCUGCUGUCACACACGUCUGUCCUCUCCUCAGGUGAUCACUUCCACUGAGCACCAUGCCAAGGGUGAUGUCGGGGCUCCUCUGGUGGCUGUUCCUGUGCUUCAUGUCUCAGCAGGGUCCCUGUCUUUCUGAUCCAGAAAGGAAACAUUCUUUAGAGCAUCAAAGUGAGGAACUGGAUUCAGUUGAAUUUUCACAAUCCGGACAGGGAUUGUUGGAGGUUCAAAUAAAGACUUCCACAAAAUCACAGUGUAAAGACAAGAAGUCAGAAGGCAACAAACACAGGCCUGAGAAAAAAAAGAAAGGAAAUGUAAACAAAGGCAAGGGAAAUCCCCAGAACAACAGAGGUUCUUGCAAGAAUCACUGCGGAAUUCCAUCUCAUAGAAAGCUGGGUGUUUCAAACGCCAGAUGCUGCAUGAACAACAUCACCAACACUCUGAAAAAAGGGAACCGUGAUGACGUCAUUGGUGCUAUUGAGUCUUUGGAGCAAGUUCUGGAGAGAACAGACGUCAACGAGACGACGCCGAUGUCCAGCGACAACGUGGUGGCGCUUCUGCACAAACACCGAGGCCGCUUCCACGGUCUCCGAAUCUCUGCCAGCGACAGUGAGGCGAUGCCUAGCCGAGCGGUCGCAAACAGCCGAGUGAGCGUCUGGCUGCCGGCGGAGCUGAACCCGACGCCGAACGACACCAUCGUGUUCUGCAUGCUGAACGUGAGCGAAGGGUCUUUAGGUGGAUCCACGAGGCUGUACGACAGCAGACUGGUCGGCCUGAGUCUGGGGAGGACCGUUUCAGGACUCCAGGAGCGUGUAAACAUCAGCAUGACGCUGACCACCAGCAUCAGCAGAAACGAAACCCCCGAGUGUCAGUUCUAUGACUUCUCCACUAGAAAGUUUAAUAAAAGUGGCUGUGACACUGAGUGGCACCGGGACCGGGGAUCCAUCACCUGUUCCUGUGAUCAUCUCACGUACUUUGGCAUACUUUUGCUUUCACCGAUAGAUGUGUCAGACAAAGACCAGGAGAUCCUGACGUACAUCACCCUGAUCGGCUGCAGCCUUUCUCUUUUCUUCCUGCUCAUCACGGUUUUGCUCUUUGCCACAAACAGCCAGAUGAGAGCGGACCUGUCGGUGAAGGUCCACGUCAACUUGGCCAUCGCCCUCAUCCUCCUCAACCUCCACUUCCUGCCCAGCCAGGCGGCCGCGGCGCUCCAGUCCGACGGCCCGUGUCUUUACGUGGCCGUCGGCCUUCACUACUCGCUGCUGGCCACCUUGGCCUGGAUGGCCCUGGAGGGCUACCACCUCUACCGGCUCUUCAUCAAGGUCUUCAACAUCUACGUGAGGUGGUACCUGCUGAAGCUCAGCGUGGUGGGCUGGGGCCUGCCUGCAGUCAUCGUGUCGUUGGUGGCGAUCAUCGACACGGACUCGUACGGCCGUGUCUCGAUGGACUCCUCCAACCCCAACGCCACGGAAAUAUGUUACAUAACCGACAACACGGUGAAGAUGGUGACGACGCUGGGGGUGUUCUGCUUCGUCUUCCUCUUCAACUUUAUUAUGUUUGGGGUGUCGGUCAAGCGGAUUAUGAGUUUCCACUUCAGGAAAGAGUGCGGACAGAGGGAGCGUGGAAGGAGCAAGCGAGCGGCGUGCACCCUGCUGGGGAUCAGCGCCCUGCUGGGCAUCACCUGGGGCCUGGUCUUCUUCUCACAGGGCUCCCUGACCACGCCCGGCCUCUACGCCUUCUGCAUCCUCAACUCACUGCAAGGUUUCUUCAUCUUCCUCUGGUUUGUCUUGUCUUUGAGGAAGACCAGAAACUUGUCCACAAAGACCAGCAGUGAAACGCGAAGCACCAACAGUUAGCCCUGCUCACACUAGCGUGUGUGCUUUGCUGAGAAAUGUAAACUUUCAACCAUACUGUUUUUUUUUGCUUUGAGUCAUGAUGUUUUUAAGCUUAACUGUCCAAAACAGUGUACUGUAGUCUUCCAACUUCCAGUCGCCUAUUGUAGCUAUUUCAAAGCAUCAGGAGUGUUUCAAUAUGGCCAGGCUGCCGGCGGGGGCUUCUCUCCAGGGACCCUCCAGCCUGUCAAUCUCCGAGCAGAGCCACGCCGCCAGGCGCUCGGCGGCGAUAGCGGGCAAAGUGCCGAGCCUCUGUUGGAGUGGGUGGGUUGUGACCGAUCAAAUCCAGUCUCUCUGAAUCUGCAUUUUUGUGGUCGGAUUAUCGUUCACAGCCAUUCAAAUGCAGAAAUACUCAGAAAUGCAAUUUGGCCAUAGUUUUCUCAAGCGUCAGAAAAAUGCUGCAUGAACAUGUGAACAGCAUGAAAAUCAGGAUUUCCAUUGAAGAAGGUCUUUAACUUCCCAUUUUGCCAGUGGGACGUUUCCAGUUUGAGAUGUAUUCAAUGCAGGUUGUUCCAGCAGACCUCAGGAUUCUGCUGCUCUGUAUGACCCACAAGAUUUAUGACAGAUAGAUAGACAGAUAGACAGAUUGAUUGAUUGAUUGAUUGAUUGAUUGAUUGAUUGAUUGAUUGAUCGAUUGAUCGAUCGAUCGAUCAUUUUCAGACAACUCAGAAAGAUUCCAGUCUGUAGUCAUACUUUGGCCUGGAUGUCCCCAUUUGCUUCAUGUAUCACUUGCAUAUGGAGUAUAAAAUAAGCUUUAUGGCAUUAAAUGAUAUUUUCACCUGUAAGUAGCUAAAGGCUAUUACUUGUACUUGUACUUGUACUUACCCUUAAUAAAAUGGUAUGUAUGCA